AUGACAGACUACGGAACGCUGAUCUCGGACGACGAUGGCACCGGCCAUGUGGUUCCCCAACCGUCAGAGCGGGAGACGCAACCGCUGCUCGGGCCGCCGGAACCGGGAAACUCGUGGCGACCACCACGACACUUCAUCUGGAUAGAAACGGCAAUCUUUGCCAAUGUCUUCCUCUACGGCUUCGACAGUACCAUCACCGCGGCAACAUAUGCAACCAUUAGCUCCGAGUUUGGCGCGGCAAACACUGCUUCUUGGCUUACCACCUCGUACCUCGUCACGAGUACCGCGUUCCAGCCGCUCUAUGGUCGCUUCUCCGACUUGUUUGGCAGGCGCAUCUGCUUCUUCGUCUCGACAAUCACCUUUGCCAUCGGAUGUCUAGGCUGCGGACUUGGACGAGACAUUGUGCUCGUCAACGUCAUGCGGGCUGUCUGUGGAUUUGGCGGCGGCGGUCUCAUGACCAUGGCGACUAUUGUCAACUCGGACAUGAUACCAUUCCAAAAGCGUGGCAUGUAUCAAGCUGUGCAAAAUGGCAUGUUCGGCUUCGGCGCAAUCUGCGGUGCUUCGUUUGGCGGAUCGAUUGCCGACUAUAUUGGAUGGCGCUGGUGCUUCUUACUGCAGAUUCCCGUCUCCGCCGUCGCCCUGGUUCUGGGCUUCCUGGUGGUGCAAAAUCCAAGCCGAGACUUCAGCCUUCAUCAGUCGUCGUUGAAGGAUAUCUGGACAAAGGUCGACUUCUCUGGAUCGCUGCUGCUCGUCUCAGCCAUAUCGAUUCAGCUGGUAGGGCUGAGUCUCGGCGGCAAUGAAUUGCCUUGGAGCAAUGGAUGGGUCAUUGGCUCCCUUGUCGGGAGCGUACUUCUGCUUGUGUUGUUCAUCAUUGUCGAAGCCAGGACCACUGCCAUUCCCAUCAUACCACUGCGCAUGCUCAAAGGCCGUCUUCCGGUUUCGGCGCAGACUGCCAACAUAUGCGCUGGGCUUGCGGCGUAUGCUUAUCUCUUCAUGCUUCCGCUAUUCUUCCAGGUUGUCCUCUUGGAUUCUGCAACAAAGGCGGGCGUACGCUUGGCACUACCUUCGCUGGCGACACCCAUCGGUGGUCUUAUCUCGGGCGUUGUCAUGUCUCGAUGGGGCAAGCUCUUCUGGCUUGUGCGCGCAGGCGCCUCUCUGAUGGCAUUUGGUAAUCUACUUGUUCUGACACUGGGCUUUCACGACCAGGCCUGGAAAUACCUGGUCUUUACCUUUCCUGCCAAUCUCGGUCAGGGCAUCAUCUAUCCAGGCCUUCUUUUCACAUCGCUUGCGGCAUUCGAUCAUUCCGAUCACGCUGUCACAGCUUCGACUGUCUACUUGGUUCGUUCUCUGGGAUCCGUGUGGGGCGUGGCUAUCACCUCGGCCAUCCUCCAGAAUACAUUGAAAAAGAGCCUUCCCACCGCUCUUCCCGACGUCCCCGGUAAAGACGACAUAAUUGACCAAAUCCGACACUCGGUGACUACGCUGCGAGAUCUUCCACCCGAAUUGCAAUAUCCCGCCAGAUUGGUCUACUACGACGGAAUACGCUACGCGUUCCUGUUCUCGACAGCCGUUGCAGCACUAGCCAUUGUCGCAUCUUCAUUGCUCAAAAAGAAUGGAGAGAUGCGAAGGGUGUUCCGAGGCUUAGCCGGAGCACUAGCGAAGGGUGCUAUCCGCUCUUUCGCUCUCAUCUUCUUAUACAACACAUCCACACAUCUCCUUUGGAUCGAGAAGAUGCCCAGAAGGGUCAAGGAAGGUCGCCCGUCAUCGCGCGAUGAGGCCGUCGAGCUCGCAGAUGUUGCAAACCCCCCAGAAGCGGAGGGAGAACCGAUUAUCCCAAAGAGGACCUACAUCAAAGUCGUCAGCGCCGCCUUUUCUUUUUUCGUUGCAGGCGUGAACGACGGGAGCCUUGGUGCUUUGAUCCCCUAUCUCAUUCGAUCCUACGACAUCAACACCGCCAUGAUCUCGAUUGUCUACGCCGUUACUUUCUCCGGAUGGUUCCUUGCCGCAAUCUCCAACAGCCAUCUAUGCCAAUACCUCGACCUGGGCGCAAUGCUGGUCCUCGGAGCCUUCUUGCAGCUCCUUGCUCACGCCUUGCGCUGCUGGACCCCGCCUUUUGCCCUGUUUGCCGUCACCUUCGGCAUAGUCAGCCUCGGCCAGGCAUAUCAGGACACGCAUGCAAACACCUUUGUCGCAUCGGUAAAGACAGCACACCGGUUUCUGGGUCUCAUCCAUGCCAUGUAUUCGGGCGGAUGCCUCGUCGGCCCGUUCGUGUCCACCGCCAUCGCCUCCGCAGACACCCCCUCGCGAUGGAGCCUGUUCUACACUUUUCCAUUGGGGCUCGGCGUUGUGAACCUUGCCCUCUGUGUGGGCGCUUUCCGGGAUAGCUUGACCAUCAAAGCAAAGCGAUCUGUCAAUGUCGGCUCCGGCGACGGCUCAAGGAACGAGGGUGCACUUUUGCAGAUCAAAGAGACGCUCAAGACCCCGAGUGUCUGGCUCCUCAGCCUCUUCUACUUCUUUUAUCUUGGCGCCGUCAUUACCGCGAGUGGCUGGGUGGUAGAGUAUCUUGUCGAGGUCCGCGAUGGUGAUCUCGCUGACAUGGGUUACGUCCCGGCUGGCUUCAAUGGUGGAUCUUUCCUGGGAAGACUUUUGUUGGCCGAGCCGACGCAUAGGUGGGGCGAGCGACGCAUGAUAUUCAUCUACAGUGUCAUCGGUCUGGCGCUUCAGCUUCUGUUCUGGCUUGUGCCAAAUAUCAUUGCCGCAUCGGUCGCCAUCAGCUUGCUGGGAUUCGUUCUGGGUCCUUUCUUCGCCGCUGGAGUCUCAGUGGGAUCGAGGUUGUUCUCCACCCGAGUUCGUUCGUCUGCCCUCGCGCUCGUCUUCGUCCUUGGUCAGAUCGGAGGCUCCAUAUUCCCCGCAAUCACAGGCAUCGUCGCCGCACACGCUGGGGUGAAAGUGUUGCAACCAGUACUCGUUGCAUUGCUGGCCGCCACCGGGAUUAGUUGGCUCCUCGUCCCGAAAACGAGCGGACUCCAUCAUAGAGAUUAG